CAUUCGUGCUCUGGGCUGCCUCUUUCCAGCUCUGGCGAUGCCCUUUCAGGUCGCAGAACUGCAGAGAGAUGGCAGGAAUUGGGCCAGACACCCCUCCUCAUACACACACACAAACACACACACCCUGAAUUGGGACUGCCGGCUUCUGAGUCGCUCCCUCUGUUCGUCUCUUCUAGGUUCAGGCGCUUAAGGCGCCUGAUGAGCUGCAACAAGGUCGCCCCCCUAGAAGUCCUGGAGCAGCCUACGGUGUCGGAUGUGCUGGGAAUCCACAUCCCUUCCGUUGCGCUGCUAGACAAAGAUCAGCUCCAGCUUCUGGGCAUCAUCCAGGACUGCCAGGCAGCUCGGCUCAGGGGGCUCCGAACCCUGAAGUACUCCAAGGAGGAGACUGCCAAAGCCAUUCUGAACAUCCUUGGCCACUUGGAGUACUUCAGGGAUCGCCCCCUGAGCCUGACCCUGGCCUUCGAGGCCCUCUUGCAAUUGAGUUUUAUGAGACCCCACUUCAGUCCCUCUAUGGUGAGUGCAAUCCUCCAUAGAACAACAGAGGCAGUUCUGGGGAGCGCAGAGGAGGACAAAGAGGAACUGAAGAGGCCAUUCCAGAGCCUGCUGGGGGGUCUCCUCCUAGAAGCCCCCAAUACUAGCACCCUUCUCCAGUUGCUUACCGACCUCCGAUAUUACGCCCUUUUGGGGAGUGAAGACCAAAGGAAAUUAGGGGCCAGCAGUAUAUCCCUGCUGCUGGCCCUUUCACGAAGAUUCCCUAACCUCAGAAACACAGUAAUCCGGCCGGAGCUGGCGUGCUUCAGGAAUAAUCUGAAAGAAGAUGACAUAAUCAUCGAGGAGUUGUGAUUUUUCUCCUUGAAGAAAUUGCUGAUCUAUUUGGACAGCUCAACUGGCCAAAGACUGGCAGAAGAAGAGGCACUGAGAAUCAGGAGGGAGACAGAUGAUUUAAGCAGCCAUGAAAUAUGGACUGAGAUUGGGCAGAACAAGAAAGAAAGAAAGAAAGAAAGAA